CUGGCACUGGGCUGUUCAGAGUGAUCUCUCCCCGCCUGGCUGCCUGGCUCUGGAUCAAAAGCUCUGCAAUAUGUGUGUGUCCUUGUAGGGGCCCCGACUACACGAGAAUCAACAAGCUGAACAGAGAACAGCGUCGGACAUGAGGCUUUUACUGAAUGUUCCCCGGCUAGCCUCACGGGCUUUCAGCACAACAGUCCGGCAAAUGAAAAACAAGGUGCCUGACAAACAGAAGGUGUUCCUGGAGGAUAACGGUCUGCCAGUUCAUAUUAAAGGAGGCACCACUGAUGUCCUUCUAUACCGUUUGACCAUGUCCAUCACAAUAGCAGGCACUGGUUUUGCCUUUUACUGGUUGCUGUUGGCCAGUAUGCCCAAGAGUAAAGCAUAAUACAUUUAAAACCGCAUGAUGCUGUACAAAUCUAUUUCAUUAUAUAUACCUUUAACAAUAAAACACAAGAAUACAUUAAAUUCUACCACUACAUCUUUCAUUCAGAAGUGUCUGGUUGCUACAAUAUACACUGCUGUUCAAAGGUGUUUGAGAAAUGUUUAUUAUUAUUCAUGUACUUAUGCUCAACAACAUUUAAAGUGUCUUCACUGUCACGUUUGAUCAAUUUAAUGCGUCUUGGCUGAAUAAAAACUUCCAAAACUUUA